UGCAAUGUCCUUGAAUCUGAAACCUCGAGGCGAACGAUUUGAUGGACUCUCGCUCCUAUACUGGACACUGAUGGGUCCACAUGGGGUAGAUCGAGCCGUGCACUCCAUGGACUUCACAGACUGCGAGAAUGGAUUAGGAAUUAAAGUCAUUGGAGGGGUAAAGGAAUUAACUGGCGAGGAAUUUGGUGUCUAUGUGAAAAGGAUUUUACCUGGUGGCCUUGCUGCAGGUGAUGGACAUCUCCAGCCUGGGGACCAGAUCCUGGAAGUGAACGGGGAGAGUUUGGUAGGAGUCACAAGUGAAAGAGCUGUGGACAUCCUCAGAGCGGCAUCCUCAACCAAUCACAUGCGCCUUCUCAUCACCAGGGACGAGGAGGCAAGGAGAGAAUUUGCUGAGCUGAUGGAGAAAUAUGGAUCCUGCAGUAACACAGGCUCCACAAGGAGUUCUCCCAUCCAGCAUGCAGGGAGAUACAUAGACAGCACAUCGUCCGGGUCCUCAUCGAGGUCACAGAGUCCCCUGCUGCUGAGUCCUGCUGGCUCUCAGAACACCUAUAACGGCACAGGGCUUUUGCUGCGGUCUCUCAGUCACCCAGGGGAGGGCGUCAUUCAGCUGAUCUCUGUGGCUUACUCCUGCGGCCUGGGCAUCACCAUCGGUGGAGGCUCCAACAGACCCGACGGCCCCGCGGUUUUCAUCCAGGAAGUACUGUCUGGCGGCGACUGCCACAGGGAUGGUCGACUGCGGCCAGGAGAUCAGCUAAUUGCCAUCAACAAGGAGUCUUUAAUAGGUGUGACCCAUGAAGAGGCCAAGAGCCUGCUCAGCAAAGCCAAAUUCAGCCAAGAGGGGGUGGUAGAGAUUGCAUUCAUCCCUGGGAAGGGCCCAUUUCCCAGCAGUACUUCAUUACAUAAUGGCAUGCAGAGGGGAGUUGGAAAUGGAUACAACUCCAGCAGGUUAAAAGUACACGUCAGGUCACCUGAGAUCCGACAAGAGGAGCCAGCCUCAGUGCCUUCAUCCUCUCCUGACCUAUGCCCCCCUGACAUCCAUGUUUCAGGGUCUGCCACCUCACAGAAGACAGCCACAGCAACCAAACCCAAGAUCUCCCUGGAUCCACACAUCCGCCUGAAGUCUGAGAAAGUAGACUUGGCUCUGUCCUACCUGGGCCUGGAGGUUACAGAGGAGAAGAGGAGGAAGAUGAGGCAGAGUCUGACGACAGACCCCCAGGGAACAGUGGCCUACGGAGACUUUGUGGAGGCUACCCGUGAUGUCUUUCAAGACAAGCUGGAAGAGGCGGGGCUAGUGGGACCUUUUAUGUUCUCUUAUCAUGAAGCAGCCAGCUUGAUGGACACCUCAGCCUUCCAUUCACCAACAUACGAGUCAGAGAGCAGCUGCAGCAGCGAGGAGCUGGAGCAGUUUCAAACAGAGGUGACGCACCUGCAGCAGGAAAUGAAACAGUUGAAGACUUUACUAAAGGACACGGAGCACAGCAAGAAAACGUUGGAGGCGGAGCUUCAGAAGACUGCUGAGAACGCCACUGCCACGUAUGCGGAGAACCAGACCCUGAAGAGCAAGCUGCAGGUGGCGGAGACAGUGCAGAAGCAGAACACCAGCGCGGAGCAGGACUACGAGGAGGUCAUCCAGCUCCUGGAGGCCGAAAUCAAAGACCUCAAGAACCAGCUGGCCGGGAAGAACACCAAGAAGGGCUUGGAGGCUUCUAAAGAGGAUGUCAUUGAACUGAACAGGCGGCUUUGCUUCAUUGACUACCAGCUGAGGAAAUCAGAACUCAGCAGAAAACAUCUGGAAGUGUCCAACAGAAAGCUGAUUGGAUUCGCCAAGAAUGUCCAUCGAGUGCUGUCCUCCACCACCUUGUUUGGGAUUGAGAGUGGGAGCGCAAAAACGUCUCCAGGGACAGACAGUCCAGACACCCCGUCCCCCAUCCCAGACCCCGCGGGACAGCUGGCGGCUGAGGCCAAGGAGCUGGUGGACAGAGUGUGCUCCCUCAGCACAGAGGAGGUUUUCACAAACUCGUACGGGUGCAGCAAAUUCAUGGAAACAUUCUAA